GAAAAAAAAAAAAUCCUCGAGCCCUGAUUGGCCGAUGUGUGUGCUCGUUUCACUCGUCUCGCGUGGUGCUGUUCUGCGUGCUUUUCCUCUUACUGCGAUUGCUACAACGACUCAGCGUGACGUCACAUCCAUUUACAAGUCGUUCGUUACCGGUGGACAGUUCCCCCGAAGCGACGAGAGGCUCGCUUUCGUUUAGGUAGCCUACAGUGUGUAUACAUGUGGGCUGGAGCUCCCCAAAGUCUGUGGAACAAUAUCACCCCCCUAAAAAUCUCAAACAAAUACGCACAAGAUGGAUCCCGCUCUCCUGAGAGACCGAGAGCUCUUUAAAAAGCGAGCUCUCAGCAACCCAACUGUAGAAAAACGCUCUUCUAGUUCCUCUGAGUCUUCAAAGAAAAAGAAGGCCAAACUUGAUCUGGGAGGAACAUCUGGAUCCAAGCAGAGCACAGAUGGCAGCAAUGGAUCGAUUAACCUCAAAGGUCUUUCUGGGAGUUCGGUGUACAAGUUUGGUGUCCUUGCAAAGAUUGUAAACUAUAUGAAGACACGACACCAGCGUGGAGACACGUAUCCGCUGACUCUGGAAGAAAUCCUUGAUGAAACGCAGCAUCUUGACAUUGGCAUGAAACAGAAACAAUGGCUCAUGUCAGAGGCUUUAGUGAACAAUCCCAAAAUUGACAUUAUUGAUGGUAAGUAUGCCUUUAAGCCCAAGUACAACCUGAAAGACAAAAAGGCCCUUCUAAGGCUGUUGGACAAACAUGACCAAAGAGGCCUCGGAGGCAUUUUGUUAGAAGACAUAGAGGAAGGACUUCCGAAUUCCCAGAAAGCCAUUAAGGCAUUGGGGGAUCAGAUUGUUUUUGUAACACGACCGGACAAAAAGAAGAUCCUUUUCUAUAAUGACAAAAGCUGCCAGUUUACUGUAGAUGAAGAAUUUCAGAAAUUGUGGAGGAGUGUUCCUGUGGAUUCUAUGGAUGAUGAAAAGAUCGAGGAAUACCUGAAGAGACAAGGCAUCUCAUCCAUGCAGGAAUCUGGACCAAAGAAAAUCAUUCCAGUUCAGAAAAGGAAAAAGUCUAACUCGCAGAAGAAGAGGAGGUUUAAGACUCACAAUGACCAUUUGGCAGGCGUGCUCAAAGAUUACACAGAUGCUGCUCCUGGCAAACCAUAAUCAUUUUAUUAGGACUCGAAAUGUUUACGGAGGAUUCUUUCCACGGGAUUUUCUUCGAACGCUCAUUGGCUUGGAACAUUAAAGGGAUAGCCUAGAUAGGCUAACGUGCCAUCUGGCUGAAAGGGGUAGAGCCGAACGAAGGCAGAGUGCUCCACACUCAAACACAGAGGUUGUGAAGACUUUAAAUAACCAAAUGACUUAACUGUUCCUCUAAUGUGUUUCCUUAGAUUCCAGAACCAGAAUAAAGACAAGUUGGUCUCAUAGAAGGAGUUACAUUGCUGACUAAGAACUUAGUAAAGUAUUAAACCAUACAGUAUAUUGUUCUUUAGAUUAAACGUGCUCUGGGGCAGUAUUGUCAUUGCGCAUGCUGGGAAAGCCAUUACAGUAGAAAUUGUGAUGGGGAUUAUACCCUGCCUGCUUAAUUUUGCUUUCUCAAAGACAACAUUGGUGCUCCAGAAUUUCUGCAGAUGACAUUUCUGUUUACUAUAUGUACAUAAUACUGGUGAAAAUAUGGGAACCAUUUUUUUUUUCCUGAAAGUUCAAUAUACAAAGGGUAUUUUAUAUUCGUGAAUGGAUAAAUGCUUUCCAUUUUUUUCCUUUAAUAAAUGAUUUCUUGAGUGUAA